AUGAAGUUCAAAUCGUUUGUACUUCUAUGUUAUCUGUUUGUACUUGUUGUUCUGGUCUCAUCAAAUGCAGAGGUUGAAACAUCAAAGGAUGAAACAAAUGUGGAUAAAGCUCAAGAAGAAUAUCAUGUGAACGACGGAUAUGGUGGUGGUGGUUGGGGUGACUACAAUGGUGGUGGAUAUGGAGGACCUGGUGGUGGUUGGGGUGGAUACCGUGAUGGAUGGGGUGGACGUGGUGGUGGAUAUGGUGGUGGCUGGGGGGGUCGUGGAGGAGGAUAUGGUGGUGGCUGGGGUGGCCGUCGUGGUGGUCGUUGGGGUUGUAGUUUUGGGUGUUGUGGUGGUUGGUACCGUUACAGAGGAUGUAGGCAAUGUUGUCGCUCGCUCACUGAAGCAAUCACCUUUAACGAACAGGAAGCAACCCCUUAG